CCUCAGUGCACUCCCCGCAGUCCGCCGCCGCUUGCUCAGCUCCCAGCACUCGCGCCCAGUCCAUGCGCCACAGCCAUGUGUCCCCGAGCCCCACCGGCGUUAGCGCCGCUGUUCCUAGCGCUGGGCGCGCUGCUGUGGCAGGCGGCCAGCGCCUGGGAACUCACCAUCCUGCACACCAACGACGUGCACAGCCGCCUGGAGCAGACCAGCGAGGACUCUAGCAAAUGCGUGAACCCCAGCCGCUGCGUGGGCGGCGUGGCGAGGCUGUACACCCAAGUGCAGCGGAUCCGCACUGCCGAGCCCCACGUCCUACUGCUUGACGCUGGCGACCAGUACCAGGGCACCAUCUGGUUCACCGUGUACAAGGGAGCGGAGGUGGCACACUUCAUGAACGCCCUGGGCUACGAUGCCAUGGCCCUGGGAAAUCAUGAAUUUGAUAAUGGUGCAGAAGGUCUGAUUGAUCCACUCCUCAAACAGGCCAAAUUUCCAAUUCUGAGUGCAAACAUUAAAGCGAAGGAGCCGCUAGCAUCUCAAAUAGCGAAUCUUUAUUUGCCAUAUAAAAACCUUUCUGUUGGUGGUGAAAUUGUGGGAAUUGUUGGAUACACCUCGAAAGAAACUCCUAUUCUCUCAAAUCCAGGACCGAAUUUAGUAUUUGAAGAUGAAAUCACUGCAUUGCAACAUCAAGUGGAUAAGCUAACCACUCUGAAGGUGAACAAAAUUAUUGCCCUGGGGCACUCUGGCUUCGAAAUGGACAAGCUCAUCGCUCAGAAGGUGAAGGGCGUGGACGUCGUGGUGGGAGGGCACUCCAACACGUUCCUCUACACAGGCAACCCACCUUCCAAAGAGAAGCCGGCUGGGAACUACCCAUUCAUAGUCACCUCCGAUGAUGGACGGAAGGUUCCUGUGGUCCAAGCCUAUGCUUUUGGCAAAUACUUAGGCUAUUUGAAGGUUGAGUUUGAUGUAAAAGGAAAUGUCAUCACUUCACAUGGAAAUCCCAUUCUUCUCAACAGCAGCAUUCCCGAAGAUCCAACCAUAAAAGCAGAAAUUAACAAAUGGCGGGUAAAAUUAGAUAAUUAUUCUUCCCAGGAACUGGGGAAGACCAUCGUCUACCUGGAUGGCUCCUCUCGGUCGUGCCGCUUUAAAGAAUGCAACAUGGGCAACCUGAUUUGCGAUGCAAUGAUUAACAACAACCUCAGACACUUGGAUGAAAUGUCCUGGAACCACGUGUCCAUGUGCAUUCUAAACGGUGGUGGCAUUCGGUCUCCCAUUGACGAGCAGAACAACGGCACCAUCACCUGGGAGAGCCUGACUGCUGUGUUACCCUUUGGAGGCACCUUUGACCUGGUCCGAUUAAAAGGCUCCACCCUGAAGAAGGCCUUUGAGCACAGCGUGCACCGCUAUGGCCAGUCCACCGGAGAGUUCCUGCAGGUGGGCGGAAUCCACGUGGUGUACGAUCUUUCCCGGAACCCCGGGGACAGGGUGGUCAAAUUAGACGGUCUUUGCACCCGGUGUCGAGUGCCCAGCUACGAGCCUCUCAGAAUGGAUGACGAAUAUAACGUGGUCCUCCCGAGCUUCCUCGCCAAAGGUGGAGAUGGAUUCCAGAUGAUAAAAGAAGAGGUGUUACAACACAACUCAGGUGACCAAGAUAUCAACGUGGUUUCUCAAUACAUCUCAAAAAUGAAAGUAAUUUAUCCAGGAGUUGAAGGUCGGAUCAUGUUUUCUGCAGGAAGUCGUUACCAUGGAAACAUUUUUCUAAUAUUUCUCUCAAUUUUGGCAACCAUCGUUUUGUACCAAUAAUUACAAACUCUCUCAUGUCAA